AUGCCAGACUAUCAGAACGGAAUAGAGACACCCUACACCUCUACUCGACGAACGGACUGGCUAAGCACAGCUUCUCAUGGUCGAGACAAAGCAAAAAUCAGCUCUGUCGACGCGCUCCGCUAUCAGAUGGACCAAGAACUGAGCGUUGGUCCAUCUACAGAAGCCUCUUCAGCUGCGAAGAGUAGAAUCUACGGCCUUCUCACACCUCCCUACAGCGAGACAACCAGCAGUGCCAGUGGGAGUGUUGGACGCUCUCGAAAGGACUCAAACGACGCCUUUCCUUCCAGCCAUAAAAGCCCGUCGUUACAACGACUCGAGCUACCCUCCGCACAUCACGACACUGCCUCAGCCUUGUCCCGCUCCUCUUCAGCUGCUUCCUCUUCCACCAAUACCGGCAGCGACACCAUCGGAGGAUCAAGUCUGGUUCAGCCUCACGACAGCAGCUUCCGAAGAGAGUAUCACACAUCAGCAGCCGGGCCAUCUUUGACCCAGGUCAAUUCCACAAGCAGAAUGGACAAGUCACCGACCAAGCCUGCUGAGGCGUCUCCAGCAGGAGCACGCGCCUCUUCAUCUCUCUCCUCACAUGCUGGCUCCACCCAGUCACCUUCAGGGCGAAGACCACGUCGAAGCGAAUUGCACGAGCGCGACGUCACUCAGCUUCGCUCCGAGUCUCGACUUGGUUUCGAAGACGACGACGACGACGACGUAGGGAAUGAGCAGCAGCAGCAUCCAUUCCCACGAUCAGGCUCUCAGCACAAAUAUUCUCCACGCAAAUCAACUACCUUGUCCGUCAGCUCUUCCCGAUAUGAUGCAGAAGAGUCAUUAGGCGAUGUACAAUCACCUACGCGACAAGGCAGUCAUGAUCUGGACUCUGGAACAGCGAUGACACACAGCUCAGCUCGUUCGUCGAGGUAUACGGGCGGCGAUGAGCUGCCUUCAGGCUCCAUGCGACGACUUGUGUGUACUACGGGGAGAUCUUCAGGUCGACACUCGCUUGACGCUCGAACAUCUUCCAACAACACAAGCUCGACUCGCAGCCCAAUGCCAGCUGAGUUCAGGCUCCCCGACAAGGAGAUCCGCCGCGCAUACAGAGCUGCGCAUCAACGGAGACCCAGUGCAGAUGAAUCUGAUCGCAGCGAUGGUCGAGAAGAGAUGCUUCCAAAGCCUAGAUCAUCGGAGCUCAGUGGUGACAGUAACGAGAUCCGUAGUCCCGUCUCGACUCACCGUGACAGCCUGGACGAGAUCAAAGAGGAGGGUGCAAAAAAUCUGUCUAGCAGCUCGCGCUCACCCAUCCAGCGUCGCAGGUACGCAUCGGAUGCUGCUGCAGAUGAGAAUACCGCGCCACUGGACUAUGCAGGUCGUCUUGGCACUCAAGGUAGCCGCAUCUCUGUCGAUGUCUCUUUCGCUCAGCGACAUCUCUCGAGGGGCUCGCAGCAUAGCACGCCUUCCAGUGCAACUCGCCGUUUCCCUCGCUCCUCCGAAAUUGGUUCUCCCAGCGAAGAAGCUCGCGCACGAAAGAUCUCUUCUACGUCUUCCAAUCGAUCUCAAAAGUCAUCUAGUAGCGCUUCUGAACUGCACCGCGCUGCUUCACGAGUCAGCAUGCGCAAGCAAUACGGUUCUGGUCUCUUUUCAGCUGAUGCUGUUCCUCCACCUGCGACUACCAGCGCUCGUCCGCACAGCCCUUCUGUCAGAACAGAGCAUUCCUCCUCUUUGACCAACUCUUCGGACCGUCCGCGACAGUACAACGAUAGACUUCGUCGCAUGGAUGAUGCUGCUUUGGAUAACCUUCGCAACCAGAUCGAGGAUCUGCGUGUUGGACGCGCCGGAUCGGAGCACGAUAAACGUCAACAGCAUCUCCCUUCACUUCGUGCUCAAGCGCUACUUGGCACCACUCGAUCUUCACUCGAUCUCGAAUCUCCUGUAUUGGGCUCGACUCGGCCUCAAUCUGUGAUGGGCUUGCAGAGGUCGCCUAACGAUAGCUUCAGACCGCAGCAUAUGCAUCAGUACCCUUCAACGGAUCCACAGCGAUCUCGGUACGACCGGGCCUUGCCGACACCUGAUCCGAACAACUCUUCUGAUGCGGCAAAUCGCAUUCACGAGCUCGUCGGCUUUCGAGGCGGUCCCAGUCGACGUGCGUCUGUACCUCAACGCAGCGCAACAUCCCUCGGCACCUCUCCAGGGCACAUGACCACCAGUCCCGUAACGGAGCGUCGCGAGAGAAUGGCUUCCAACGGCGAAGAGCCCGCACCGAUCCGGAACCUUGCCAUCCGUCUGACCCAAUACGAAGCUCUGUACAGCAAGACGCCUGUUGGUGACCCCAACGGGUCUGCUGCAGUGGGAUCGCACACAGCUCGCACAGUAGAACUGAUGGGUGCCAUCGUUAGAGGCACUUCGACCAUGUGGGCUGAGCUUUCUUCGAUGCAUCCGAUUGCCACGGAAGGACACCUGAUGGGACGUCCAGGCGAUGCUUUCACCGACGCUUUCGGCCAGCUAGACGAAGGACUUGCAUUCGUCAAUAAGCUCGUGCUGGAACAAGCGCGAGCUAUUCAGGAUCUGCUCUUCCUCCUUGACCGCACCGAGAAGGAGAGACAAGCACAGUUCAAUCAGGCUCUUGUUGAAAUGGGUCACUCGCCUAGACCUUUCUCACGCAUCGGGGGUGGGGUCUCAGCGGCGGGGUUGACUCCAGGCGAUGCGUAUCAAGCAGCUGGUGGUGGUGCUGAAGCAGGGAGUGCCCACUUGCUUCGCAGAGCAACUUCUUCAGUACGAGGUGGGUCUAGUCUGCAGGCUGACUCGCCAUCACCGUUCGUCCGUUCAACCCGCGGCCUGGGCAGUGGAGAACGCGGCGGCACCCUCACCGCUUCCCAAAUCCGCUCAAUGACCUCUCUUGGUCACACCAGCAAUCAUGGUCGCUCAGCGUCCGAGCUUUCCCCCUCGUCCAGCGCUGCUCAGCGUCGACUCGACCGUUCUGCUCUCCAACUCCCACCUGAGACUUCGCAGGAUUCGCCACUGUCUUCGCGCCGUAGCGUCAUUGGCCGACCUUUCCCUUCAUCCAGUGAUGCUUCCUCCACUGCUGGAGCCAACAGCGCUUCAGCCGGUAGUGCUCGACCUCCGCUAGCAUUUACACCGCGUCGACCUAGACUCAGCAACCCGUCGGUCUCGAAUGCAACAGCAUCUUUCCAGCCCUCUGCAACCUCGGCUGCAUCAAGCGUCGUCGCUUCGAGUCCCGAGAACAGUCUUCAGAACGGAGUUAGUGGGAUGGAUCAGGUUGAAAGCGAAGGUAGUACAAUCGGAGGAGGCGGACAGCAUGGAAGUCUACUCUCAGAGACGGAUGAGUUCGGACGAGUCAUUGCUGGCAACUCAAGGUCCCUCCCUCCCGGAGACAUGGCGAGACUUUCCUCCCGCCAACGCACAAGGCAAGUAGCAACCAUCAGAGGGAACGGCCCCCACCGUGUAGCCGACACCCUAGCCGCUCAACUUGACACCUUUCGAACAAGCACCGAAGAGCAAGAUCUUGCAGCAGAAGAAACAGCUCAAGUUGCGAGAACGGCUUCAACUCAUCGUCGACACACGAUCAAUUUCCACAAUACCAAUGCUUCUCCUUCUUCCUCUCUUGCUGAUGGAGAGAAUACAAAUAGGCAACCAACAAAGCUGACUCGUCCACCUAGACCGCCGAGGAAUAUUUCGAGACCUAGUGAAGAAAGCAUUCAUUCGCCUGCGAGAAAGACGCAGCUUGGGCAGAGGAAUGAGCCUUCUACGCCGACCGCUGCUGCGGCUCUGGGUGGGGAUGUAGGUACUCCGCGCGCGACCGAUCGUCAGGCUUACCGAUAUGAUGAUGUGGAGGGAAGUGGUGCAUCCUCUGUUGUGAGGAGUUUGGGCAGAACAGCUGCUAGGAGGGUCAGUCGUGUGCUUGGUUCUGGUCAGUAA